AUACAGUAUUUGAAAUUUCUUAGGAAGAAUUGUAUAGGUUAAGAAGCUUCAAAAUGAUGAGUCCAGGUAAUGUAACACCCAAAUUUCGUGAUAUUUUCAACAUAGCAACAAAAGAUAUAUUAAGAUGGUUCCCUGGACAUAUGGGCAAAGGCUUAAAAAACAUGCAAAAACAGUUAAAAAACGUAGAUUGUAUCAUUGAAGUUCAUGAUGCAAGAAUUCCAGUUUCUGGACAUUAUGCAGAUUACAGCAACACAUUGACUGGAUUAAAACCUCAUAUUUUUGUAUUAAACAAAAUGGAUUUAACUGAUAUGAAAUUUAAGAACUCUAUAAUAGAAAAUUUAAAUCAAAAGGGAUUAUCUAACAUAUUAUUUACUAGUUUUAGAAAUGUAAAAUGUGAAGGUGUUAAAGAAUUAUUACCUUUAGCACAAAAAUUAAUUAAGGAAUCAAAUCGCCAUAACAGAGCACAAGAGUCUUCAUUUCAAAUAAUGAUCAUUGGCGUUCCAAAUGUAGGAAAAUCAUCACUUAUCAAUCGUUUAAGAAAUAAUAUUCUUCAUAAAAGUAGUGCUGUGCAAGUUGGUGGUAUUGCUGGCAUUACACGAUCUGUAUCAACACGAGUGAAAGUAUCAGAAAAACCAGAUAUCUAUGUUUUAGAUACACCAGGAAUUUUAACUCCCAACAUAGAUAAUAUCUAUACAGGCUUAAAAUUAGCAUUAGUUGGUUGUAUGCAAGAUCAUUUAAUAGGUCCAGAAAUAUUGGCAGACUUUUUAUUAUUUUGGCUAAAUAAACAGAAACGAUUUGAAUAUGUUAAAAAAUUAGAAUUAACAGAACCACAUGAUAAUAUAUCGUACAUUCUUGUAUAUAUUGCAGCAAAAUUGAAAAAGACGUUAAGAAUAAAGAAUUAUGAUGGUAAAAUAAUUAUAAAGCCAGAUUUAAGGUUUGCAGCAGAACAUUUUCUUUCUUUAUUCAGAAAAGGAGAAUUAGGCUAUUAUUGUUUAGAUGAAGAUUUAUUACUGUCAAAAUGAAUUACGUUUUUUGUUAGAAAUUUAAAAAUAUUUCCAACUAUGUAUAUAUAUAUAUAUCAAAACAGUGUAUCAUAAGGUUUCUGCUUGUGCACAAUAAAUCUUAAUAAUUUUGAUAUUUAAAAAUAAAUUUCCAUAAUUCUAUAUAUAUAAUAAUGAUCAGAAUUGCUAUUAUUAUCAUAUAAUUAUUCCUCUUUAUUCAAAUAUGGGACAUUAUAAAUGUAUCUACAUAUGUAUGUAAAUAUGCAUGUAUUUGAUUAGCAGUUAAAUUAAAUAUAUAUAUAAAAAAUGUAAUCUUAUUAAUAAUUAUAUUAAUUACAAAAAUAAAGUGAUAAAAGGCUAUUAAACAAAGUAAUAUUAUUUAUGAUAAAUUAAUAUCAAGAACUACAAUAAAUAAAAUAAUUCCAUUAUUUAAAUGUUUCUUUAAUAAAUAAAAAACGAUAUAAUAAUAUUGAAGAAUAGUGGAAAAUACUAUAUAAUCUUGAUCACUAUUAAAGAAAAUAUAAAAAAAGCUAUAUUAUAUACAUUAUGUCAUAUAUAAACAGAAUGUGUGCAUUGAUAAUAUUUUAAUCAGUCUUCUAUAAAAUCAACAGGAUUUUGAAAAAAAAGUAUAGUUAUGUACAUGUAUAUUUAUAUUAUAAAAUAUAUUUCAAUAUUUGAGAUUGAAUGUUUUAGAUUCAGUAGCAACAUUUCGAAAUUAUAAGUAGAUAUACGUAUUUAUUUAUUUAAUUAUAAAUUUAUAUCUUUAUUAAUUUUCAAAAUUUUUAUGAAAUCACUUCAAAACAGAUUAUUUUUGAUUAUACAAAGUAUAACGUACAUUCGAUUACUUUAAUUUGUUCUAAACAACAAUUUUCAGUCCAUUCAUUUAAAUAAUUUAAGGUUUCUUCUAAUGAUUAUUUGUACUAUAUGUUGUUGUUUAUUAAAAGUGAUUGCUUUAAAAAAAAAUGUAUGAAUCUUACUACGUAACUAACGUAAACCGUUAUAUUAACAUUCACUCCCUUCUCAUACUAUAAAUUCUGUUACUUUCACUUUGCGAACUAUUUACAAUAUCACAACCGGUUAUAAAGUCUUUGAUAAGAUUUAAUAAGAUUAUUUAAAAAAUACUUAAAAU